CUCCCAUCGGCAGCACUGUUUAUUGAUCUCCGGCACAUGGAGAGCGUAAACAAUACUUCCUCUGUGCUUCGGCAUACGGGCUCUGCGUCGAUCAAGAUCGCCAAAUGGAAGAUCCAGGCGGGCAGCCGCAUUUCUCAAGGCACCGGCAUUCUUCUGUACCACAAGAACGGCUCCGAAAAAGCGGGCACGCAGCAGCAGUUGUGCAAACUCAAGUCCGAAUGCAACGGCACCGUGGACACGAUUGUGGCUCAAGAAGGCGACGUCGUAAACCCCGGGGAUGUGUUGUUGAAGCUGGCUCUUUGCACGCACCCCGUCGUCAUGAAGGACCUCUGUGCUGAAUGCGGAGCUGACCUGAGAGAGCUGGGAGAAGCACUACCAACUGAAGCCGACAUCGCUUCGGUCAGCAUGAUUCACCACGUACCUGAACUUCGCGUCUCACAAGAGCAAGCUCGUCAGCUGGGCAAAGCGGAUGAGGCGAGGCUGCGCAGCUUACGCAAACUGGUCCUUCUUGUCGACCUGGACCAGACUCUCAUCCACACCACAAGCAAUUACGUACCACCGGACAUGAAGGGUGUGCACCACUUCCAGCUGUGUGGGCCCCAGUCGCCCUGGUACCACACGCGGGUGAGGCCAAGGACGCAGCACUUCCUGGAGCAGGUGUCGCAGCUGUACGAGCUGCACAUCUGUACCUUCGGGGCAAGGCCAUACGCGCACGCCAUCGCCGCCCUGCUGGAUCCCGAUGGGCGGUACUUCUCCCACCGGAUCCUCUCGCGAGACGAGUGCUUUAACCCCACUUCUAAAACUGGAAAUCUCAGGGCGCUGUUCCCUUGUGGUGACUCCAUGGUGUGCAUCAUUGACGACCGCGAGGACGUGUGGAACUUUGCACCCAACAUGGUGCCGGUGAAGCCGUACCUGUUCUUCGACAAGACGGGCGACAUAAAUGCGCCGCCGUGUGCUGUACCUGAGUCCACUUUCUUCCCCACGGCGGAAGACAUUGCAGGGGCUCCCAGGCGAGAAAAGCCAAUGGAAAGCAACGGCACAACUGAAAAGUCCCACGCGGCUAGAGGAGACUCCAUUACCUUUAAGGGCGAGGAACGCAGUAGUGAGGACUCAGUUCAAAAGGAAAAUGAUUCUCCAAGCCAAGGCAGUCAUUCCAAUGCCGAUCGGAACUCUGCCAGUGCUGCACUCACCGAGCCACCUGAUAAUAAAGACCAGAAGCGGGACAAAGAGAAAGAUGCGGACAUGUUGUCCAAAAAAUGUGAGGAAGCACCCGCAGUCGACGACUUGGUCGAGGACAAAGAUACGAAAAAGUUGAAGGAAAGUAAUGGUACAGAGUCUGAUCCUCCACCUGCGACACCUGAAGAACCACCUGGUGGCAAUGACUGGGAGCGGGACAAGGCAGAAGAGGCCGUGGACCUGCAGGCUCAUGGCAGCAAAGAAAUUGCUGACAGUGGUGAGGCUGGUCAGGAGAAUGUGGCUAUGACAAAGACAAUGUCCGGUGAUGAAACACCUGUUCUUUCAUCGGCGCCAUCCCCCGAAGGGCUGGUUAGGACUAACCAGAGGGAACUGCGGCCAGCAGACGACGUCGCUUGUGCUACAGAGUCGUCUGCUGUGACGACGGGCAACUUGGAGGGCAAGGAGAGUGCAGUGACAGAUGAAUCGCUCAACAGGGAAGAUGCGGCGGCAGCAGGUAGCUCCAAAGUCGUGUCCGAUUCUGCUCCUUCAGCUACUCCGGAGCGGCCCAGUAGCCCUGACGGAAGUUCGGGAGACAAGAGCCCCGAGAAGCAACGCGACGAGGAGGAGGAUGAAGACGACUACCUUCUGUAUCUGGAAGAGAUACUGCGAACCAUCCACUGUGCUUACUAUGCCAUCUACGACCAGAUGACCUCUGAGGAAGGGGGUCGCAUUCCCGAUCUCAAGCACGUUGUGCCCUACGUGCGUCGCAAGGUUCUCAAGGGAGUCCACAUAGUGUUUUCAGGAGUGGUGCCCAUGAAUCAGCCUGCGGAGAAGAGUCGUGCGUGGCAAGUCGCAAAAUCUUUAGGUGCUACCGUGUCACAAGACCUUUGCCCCGGUGUGACUCAUCUCGUAGCAGCGAGGCUUGGUACAGCAAAGGUGAACAAGGCCCGCCGAACGCCUGGUGUUCACGUGGUGCACCCGUCGUGGCUGUGGUGCUGUGCCGAACGUUGGGAGCAUGUUGCUGAGGCCCUCUUCCCUCUGAGGCCACCCGGUCGAGAAGGCGCGUCUUAUAGACGGCUGCAGGAAAACGCAGUCGGCCAGCAUCCCAAGGAGCCUGUGGCUGAAGUGGCCAUGCUUCAUGAAAAACAAGUCGAGCAGGUGGUUGAAUCACCUGUGUACGACGCGGUAACUGGGAAGAGGAUAUGGCGGGGUAGGGAGCGCACCGCGGGCUCUGGUCCACAAGCUGCGGCGGCCGGGAGUGCACCCGUGCCCACAUCAUCUGAGGAGUGGACCUGCACAGCGUCAUCAAGCAAAAACGACCACCCACAACUUGACGAAAAGGCAAAUCCGUACCUGAGCAUGUCGUCAGAGCAACUUCUGGAGAUGGACCGUGAAGUUGAGGACGAGUGCAGCGAUGACGAUGACAACGACAUAGAACAGAGCAAAGAGAGCGCAGAAAAGACGCAAGAUGAAGAGUCGAGCCAGGACUCUUGCACACUCGGCGGCACAACAAAGAAUAACUCUGACACCGAAUCGUCGGCUGAAUCACUCUCGGGGGGCGAGUGUCCGCGCGGAUGGAGCAAACGACGGCGCCGGAAAAGAGGGCGCGAGUGUCUGACUGAAGACGAGGAAGCGUCGCAGCCACCAAAGUUUCCGAGGGGUGAACUGCCAGAGGACAGUGAUAAGUCAAACACGGAAAGGUCGACAGAUGAGUGGUCAAAUGGUUCAGUUGGGUCGGUCGAUGAAGAGAUGGCCGCAGCUGUGGAAAGGGAAUUUCUGGGUCUUUGAGACCGUCGUUACAACGUGAAUGCUUGUAUCUUUGGCGCCUGCUUGUGAUGUGAUUAUGCUAUAGUAAAGUCAGAAAAAAAAAAGGAUUUUAAGAAAACAAGGUUUGUUGCAUUAUAGCAUUUAUUUUAAAAAUG